GACCUAACGUGGGAGGGUUCUUUUCGCUCGAAAUUUUCUUCUUUUUUUCUGUUUCGUCUUUUUUACUGUCUGACGAACAUAACGAGGUUUAGGUGUUUGUUGUACUCCCCGCAAUAAUCCCAGUGAGCUGACGGGAGCGAGUAGCAUUAGCAGGCCAUUUUGUCGUUCGUGAACGUGCUGUUUAGAGCAAAAGACCAGGAGUUGCUCCCGUUACAUUUAUUAUUCUUUUUAAUUUACAACUGGGGGUUUUCCCUCUCAUCAUGGAGGGCUAGACCCCGCAAAGGAGAUGCCCUGAAGGAGAUGGAGAGGUUUGAGAUGUUUCUCGUCUAUCUGUAUAUGUGAAUUUUUAUUGGGUCUCCUGCAGUGGUGCCUUGACUUUUCAUUGCCCUCGGCACGUUGAUUCUCGUUCCUCUUUAUUUCGUUUAGCAUCGUGUGUUAGCGCCGAGCAACAGGAGUUUUUUAAGACAUACAGCAGCUAAUGUGGCUUUACUUUGUUUAGUUUUCGAGUAAAUUUCGACUAGGAGUGGAAAUAAAGAGCUUGAAGCCUCUUUUUUUGGUGGGUGAAAAAUUGUCUGUCAAAUUGAUUUUUUUUUGAAGUUCGCCGCAACCCUAGCUGCUGUAUCAAAAGAAAAAAAUAAGUUGAGGCAACGCUGUAUUGUUUGAGUUCAACAUGUGCGUGCCAAAUAUACGUAACGUUGAUGUGGAUCCUGGCUGAUUUGGUAUUCCCCCCCCUCCCUCCCUCCCUCCCACCACUCAUUGAGGAUGCAUAGGUGGUACGGCUUUUGUCACUUCCAUUUCGUUUUUGCUGUCUGCUCUCCUUUGUGAGAGUGAGUGAAACAUCUCAAACAUCUCCCCCUCACGAGGGGCAACUCCACUUUCCUUGCUCAUCUUCAUCACCCGAAAACAUGGACACUCUCCCUCAACUCAAGAACAAUCCGUUUCUGUUGGGCCUCUGUCGCAGCGGACCCCCGCCUGACCUGCAGUAUGAUAACUCCUCAGAACUGUUCCGCAUCUCCACCUUUGCCCGCUUCCCGGCAUCGGGCGUCAGCGAGCGCAGCCUGGCUCGCGCCGGCUGGUUCUACACGGGCGUCGGCGACCGCGUGCAGUGCUUCCGCUGCAACGUGACGGCCGAAGGCUGGCUGGCGGGCGACUGUCCCGCCGAGAAGCACCGUCAGCUGUCGCCAUCCUGCUCUUUCGUGCAGAGCCUGCCAUCCGCCCCCAACCUGCUCUCCUCUUCGCACUCGGCCUUCUCGCCGCUCCGUGUCGCCACCGGCGUACCGCUCCCCGCUCCGGGCCCGGCCGCCUCGAACCCAGCAGGAGGUGCGGGUGAGGAGCCAGCGGGCUACCUGAACAUGGGAUUCUCAGGUCCGCCGCCGCCCUCCAGCCCUCUGAGCUCUCGCGGCGUGGAGGACAUGUCGCACCAGCGGCCUGCCUGUCACAACCCGGCCAUGCGGCGCGAGCAGGACCGCCUGGAUUCGUUCCACGCAUGGACGCUGUCCAUCAUCACGCCCGCCGAGUUGGCCAAAGCAGGCUUCUACUUCCUGGGGCUGGGCGACCACGUGGCCUGCUUCAGCUGCGGUGGGCAGCUCAGCAACUGGGAGCCGGGCGACCGCGCAUCGUCAGAGCACCAGCGCCACUACCCCAACUGCCGCCUAGUGCGGGGUGACCGGACCGACAAUGUGUCGCUGACGGGGGCGCCGCCCUCCUCCUCGUCAUCAUCGUCGUCUUCGCAAUUGCCGUCCGCCGCUCUCAACAACGUGUCCAACCCGUCCAUGCGGCAGAAUGACGAGCGGCUGCUCACCUUUGUCAACUGGCCCACGCGCAUCCCUGUCAGGCCUGAGCAGCUGGCCAAGGCGGGAUUCUACUACGUCGGUCGCAACGACGACGUGAAGUGCUUCUGCUGCGACGGAGGUUUGCGCUGCUGGGAGUCGGGAGACGAUCCCUGGGUGGAACAUGCGAAAUGGUUUCCACGGUGUGAAUAUUUGCUGCAGGAGAAAGGUCAAGAGUUUGUGCACCAAAUUCAGGCGCGCUUCCCUCGACUCUUUGAGCAGCUUUUGACAAAUGGAGACAGCAGCUCCAGGGAGUUUGUGGAUCCACCAGUGGUGCACCUGGGCCCGGGCGAUGAGCGCUGCGAGGACGCGGUGAUGAUGAACACGCCCGUCAUCAAGUCGGCCCUGGAGAUGGGUUUCGAGCGCGGCCUGGUCAAGCAGACGGUGCAGAGCAAGAUCCUCAGCAGUGGCGAGAACUACCGCACCGUCCAGGAACUGGUCUCGGACCUGCUCAGUGCAGAGGAGCAGAAGAGGGAGGAGGAGCGCGAGAUGAUGGCUGAGGCCAUGGCAUCGGACGGUUUCACGUUUGUCAAGCGACACCAGGCGGCUCUAGUCCAGCGGCUCAAGAGUGUGGAGCCCGUCUUGGAACAUCUCAGAGAGCAAAAUGUGCUGAGUACGUAAACACUCACCUUUAGGACUUUGCUCUAAAAUUUAUUUUUUUCGAAAACUGAGUCUGGAUUCAUUCCCCCUCUUCAAAAGAAAAG